AUGGCUAGACAUGAGGGUGACGUAGGUGACACAAAGCUUACAUGUUUGCAAGGCGAUGUGCUUAGGCAUGCGAGUGCCGAAGGUAUCAAACUUGCAUGUCGCAAGAUGAUGUGCCCAGGCAUGAGGGAUGCCGACAGUGACACAAAACUUGCAUGUUGCAAAGCAAUAUGGCUAGGCACGGCGGUGCCGAAGGCGAAAGGGAUGCCGAAGGGUGUCGAAGGUGACACAAAGCUUGCAUGUUUGCAAGGCGAUGUGCUUAGGCAUGCGGGUGUUGAAGGUAUAAAACUUGCAUGUCGCGAGAGAAUGUGCCGAAGGGCAAAAGUUUGCGUGUCGCAAACCGAUAUGGCUAGGCAAAGGGGUGCCGAAGGCAUAAAACUUGCAUGUUGCAAGAUAAAAUAA